AUGCGGCUCCUCGGGAAACUCCGCGCCUCGGCCGCGGGCCGCGCGGCUCUGGAGCCUGCCUUCUCCAAUGUGCUCACCCCGGACCGCAUCCCCGAGUUCUGCAUCCCACCGCGGCUGCCCGCGCCCUGCGCGCCCGUGUCCUCGCCCCAGGCCGCCGCCCUACCCCGGCGGUGCGCUGCAGAGCCGCACCUUUGGCCUCGAGGAGCCUACGACGGCGCGGGGCACACGGACUGGGACCCACGCUCGCAGGCCGCGCUCUCGCUGCCGCACCUGCCCCGGGCGCGCACCGCCUACGGCUUCUGCGCGCUACUCGAGAGCCCGCACACCCGCCGCAAGGAGUCGCUCUUCCUCGGGGGCUCGGGCACCGCCCCGCUCCUUCCCGCGCCCCGCCCCCGGGCCCGCACCUACGGCGGCGGCGGAGACACCCCCCUCGCGCCCCCGGGAAGAGUCCCUGCUGCGCCUCCCGCGGCCCCCGGCGGCCCCCGCCCGACCCCGGUUGCGCUCGCCCCGCGCCCCCACGGCCGCCGCCUCCUGCGCGCUCCCGAGGGGCUGUUGCGCCGCGCGCUGCGGGCCGGGAGGAGCCGAGGCCUGGCCCUCGCCCGCUCCGUCUCCAGCGGGGACGGGGAUGACGACGACGACGACGGGCGCCGCGCCGGCUCCUGGUCCCCGGCCCGGGCCCCCGCCACGUCCCCUCCGCCGCCCCCCGACCCUCGGCCCGAGCGCCUGGAGGCCGAGGGCACCGUGACUCUGGACCGCGCCGGCGGCGCCUUGCGCCUGGCCGUCGAGUACAGUCGGGACAGCGGGCGCCUCCGCGUCCGGCUGCUCCGCGCCGAGGGCCCGGCCGGAGGGGCCGCCGAGCCCCGCGCCCCCGUCGGCUGCCGCGUCAGCUUCGUCCUGCAGCCGCCGGGCCAGACGCUCCGGCCGCGGGGCGCCGUGGUCCGGCGGAGCCGCCGGGCGGUCUUGGAGCAGGACUUGUGCUUGGACGGGCUCUCGGAGGACGAGGUGCGCCACCUGGCCGUGCGCGUCAAGGCUGAGAACCGGGGCCGCGGGCUGGAGCGGGGCCGCCUGCUGGGCCAGGGCGAGCUGCUGCUGGGCCCCCUCCUGCCCCUCUGA